CAAUCAGUUGUUCUUCAGCGGUGUGUAGGAAAAGUAUGUGGCCAUCUUACAUAUUUGUGCACAAAUUUACAAAUUUGGAUUGCUAAUCCGCGAAAUACUGUAAUUUGGUGAAUGUUCCGAAAUUUUAUGCUCUAUGGAGACUAGAGCAUAAAUCUUUUAGACCCUCGAGAAUACUGAUAAUGCCGCACACUUUAACCGAGAUGGAUAACGGUAGCUGCAAGAAUAUGGUAUCAAAUCUACCAUUAUUGUUUGCCGGGGGUUAUCCCACUUCGCUGGAGAAAAUCACGGAAACGCAGCUGGAAAAGUUUAUCCCGUUUAUGGUGCAGUGCUCUCUGGGAUACAUUCACAUACCCACCUUGGAGGAAUACAGUGAACCUGAAUGGUGGCCGGCAGACCUCGAGUUCAUCAUACCAUUCUGCAAACCGAAGACAUUCAGAGGGAACUGGCUGGAAAAAAUGCGAGAAUUGGUGGUUAUUUGUUAUUCCUUCCAUAAGUGCGUCUUCCUUCUACGAUUCUGUACAGAUUUGGCAUCGUACGAACCGGCGACAUUGAGAUUCAUCAACAACUACAACUCAACGACGUCUCUCUACCAGCGACAUUCUAAAAAGUUGCUCGUUACAUUCCGGAAUGAGAAUAUGCUAUAUGACCAACCCCCUCAAACAUCUGGACGAAAAUGUCUCCUGCCAAAGCAAAUCAGUGCUGUGCAAUCCGAUUUGCAACAAGAACAAAUGGUAGAACCAGCUUUUUUCGACAUCUAUCUUUGUGACGAUUGUGAUGCAGAACUCUACUCUUAUGAUGCUUAUGUGGAACACGAAAAAAUCUGCAAUCAAAAGUUGGUGCAGGAAGAAAGUGAUGACGAUGAUGUCAUUUUUUGUGGCAGUGAAGUGCUGCCGACUCCCAUGCAACCGGAUCAACAACUGUCAGUUUCUCCGGAGCAGAAUAUGUCGUCCUUUCUAUUGAAUUUCAACCUGCGGAACGUGAAUAAUCCCUUAACUCGACGAUCGACUGGCAUCAAUUGCAACAACCCCAACAUCAACAUACUCGAUGGAUCUCCUGAAAAGCUUCGACGACUCCCCAGACGAACACGGGGGGUUAUAACGCUCUCGAAGUGUACUUCAAUACCUCUUUCAUCCCCUUGUGGCCAGUUCUUACUCAAGAGCAUCAAAACUGUCAUGUCGUUAGAUUAUCAAAUGGAGCGGUUAGAGCGGCUUGAACGGUUUUGCUUCGCUCCUGCUCUUUCCAAGAGUGGAACAACGACCACUAAUCGGCCGAAGUGGAUGAAUAGAAAUAGGUUAAGUACAAAUGUUUCGAUAUCUUAUAAACGGGGGUAUGACGAAACUGAGCCCUAUCACAGUUAUAAAGUUCCUCGGCGGCAAUUUUCAACAACAUGUAAAAAACGUAACUUUGAUUUCUAUAAUAAAAUACUGAUAAACGGAUGUCGGCCAUGUGUUAUCAAACUACAAAGGUUGACGGCUGAAGAAAUUGAGAAUCGAAACAUUGAUAUUAGGUUACAAAAGCUGAAUGUUACGAAAACUUCUUCAAUAGGCCAGGGAAAACCUGACGUGCAAAGCAAAAUAAAACAUGUUGUGGUAGAUUGCAUAGACUUAUGUUCUUCAGAUGAAGACGAACUUUGUAUGAAGAACGGUCUAAAUACUAAUAUGGCAAUAGAUCGAGUUGAAGAUAAACUCGAAUUUGUAAAUAGACAAAGUGAUUCGAGGAGCGUGCCAGUUCUAAAAGAUCUUGGCAAUUGUUCAUCUCAAACUCUAGCUCCAUCAUUGCUUAUAUCAUCCGGAUCACCAAAACCAAAUCCGGAUACGAUAGCAUCCAAUGAUAAUCCGUUGUGUUCGAAUAUGUUUGUACAAAAUGACACAUCCAAGGAAAAUGACAUCAGUCUGCCAAACGUAGACAGUUUGUCCAAGGUGAUAGAAAAUCGUGUGAACGAUUGGCUUAAUAGUUCAGCAACACAAGUGAAAAGUGGGGCGUUAAGUUCGCCAUCUCAUCUGGUUAUAACAUCAGCUACUUCUUUAUCAUCUGUGACCAUUAGUUCAACAUCCAAGAACAACAAUGCCUCGAAAUCAAUGACACCGUUGACGAAAUUAGCAAAAUCGCCUAGUGCAGUAAGCGGUUAACAUUUGUUACCAUUGAUUUGAAUUCAAACAAUAUGUUAUAUUUUGUAAUAGUUUGGACCGACUCGUUCAGACCUUAGCUGAUGGCGCAUGCCAAAAAGACUGAUUACUUUCAUGUAAUGCAGAAACGAAGCAGGAUGUAUAUUUUAUUACCUGUGUGGCGACUCACCAUACGACCUAAUGCUGCCAAUUCUAUUUGUUUUCAGCAGUCUUUUUGAUAUGCAGUCUUCAUUUUUGUACUUUACCCAUAGUCUGUUUUACCUUUCCAAUGAUUUAUUUUUUUUUUUUGUUUCACUGAAUCCCUAUCAACCCGUUGUACUGAUUUGUAUUGUAUUUAAUAUGUAGUAACCAAAAACAAAUAUUAUCUAGUGUAAUUUUUAAAUUCAAUAUAAUUUAAGCUUCUCAAACAAAUCUGUAAUAAAACGUGAAAAUAUUUGAAAACCAA